AAUGCUAAAAAGUUAACAGUACACUGAACUGAAACUCUUAUCACCUUAUAAUGCUCCUUCAACUUGAAACGUCACGGACUCCUAAGGAUUGAGACUGACCCUUUUAGUAGACGCUUGAAUAACCACCGCAGCCGAGGGUACCAUGCGAGUUCUUGUGACUUUCCUGGCAGUUUUCUCUGCUCUUCUCCGCUUUCCAGGGGUUAAAUCUCAUGGAGUUCAACCACUCUCGGCGAUUGCCCUCCACAGAGCUGUAAUUGAUAUUGAUGAUCAAGCUUAUAUUAGAGCCACCCCUUUGAUUCUUGGAGUGAAUGGGCAAAACAAAGAAUGGGUCACUGUAGAGUAUGGCAUUCAAAAUCCAUCUGUUGAUGAUUGGAUUGGAGUCUUUUCUCCUGCUGAUUUCAGUGCGUCUACCUGCCUCCCUGAUAAUCCUAAAACUGUUCCACCUCUGUUGUGUACAGCACCAAUAAAGUUCCAAUAUGCAAACUACUCCAACCCCAAGUACAGAACUACUGGAAAAGGAAGAUUAAAGCUGCAGUUGAUCAACCAGAGAUCGGAUUUUUCUUUUGCACUAUUCACUAGUGGAUUGUUAUCACCGAAGCUGGUGGCCUUGUCAAAUACAGUUACCUUUGCAAACCCAAAUGCACCAGUCUAUCCACGCUUAGCCCAAGGGAAGGAGUGGAAUGAAAUGACUGUGACAUGGACAAGCGGUUAUGGACUGAAUGAAGCAGAGCCUUUCCUCGAAUGGGGUCUGAAAGGAGGAGAACAGAGACUUUCUCUAGCAGUGACAUUGACAUUUGAUCGUAACACCAUGUGUGGAGCUCCAGCAAGAACUGUUGGGUGGCGUGACCCUGGAUUUAUUCAUACAAGUUUCUUAAAGGAAUUGUGGCCCAGCUCAGUCUACACGUAUAAGUUGGGCCAUAGAUUGUUCAAUGGCACAUAUAUCUGGAGUCAGAUGUACCAUUUUAGAGCAUCACCUUAUCCUGGGCAAAAUUCUCUACAACGUGUGGUCAUUUUUGGUGACAUGGGAAAGGGUGAAGCAGAUGGCUCUAAUGAAUAUAACAAUCGUCAGCCUGGAUCUCUUAAUACAACCAAGCAGCUCGUAGAAAACUUGAAUGACACUGAUAUAGUGUUCCACAUUGGAGAUAUCUGUUAUGCAAAUGGAUAUCUUUCCCAGUGGGAUCAGUUUACUUCUCAGAUUGAACCUGUUGCUUCAAGAGUACCUUACAUGAUUGCAAGUGGCAACCAUGAGCGCGACUGGCCUGGAACAGGUUCAUUCUACAACACCAUGGAUUCAGGAGGAGAAUGUGGUAUCUUGGCUCAGACUAUGUUUUAUGUUCCUACUGAGAACAGAGCUAAAUUCUGGUAUUCCACAGACUAUGGCAUGUUCAGGUUCUGCAUAGCUGACACAGAACAUGAUUGGAGAGAAGGAACGGAACAGCAUAAAUUCAUUGAGCACUGCCUCGCAUCUGUCGAUAGACAGAAGCAGCCAUGGCUAAUCUUCCUCGCACAUAGAGUUCUUGGCUAUUCUUCAUCUCCUGUGUAUGCUUAUGAAGGAUCAUUUGCAGAACCAAUGGGAAGAGAGGGUCUUCAAAAACUCUGGCAGAAGUAUAAAGUUGAUAUUGCCAUAUUUGGGCACGUUCAUAAUUAUGAAAGGACCUGUCCAGUUUAUGAGAAUGUUUGUACAAGCAAUGAGAAGCAUUACUAUCAUGGCGCCUUAAAGGGGACAAUACACGUGGUUGCAGGAGGAGCAGGAGCAAGCCUUGCUGAAUUUUCUGCCAUCCAAACUGCAUGGAGUAUUUUCAGAGAUGUUGAUCAUGGAUUUGUAAAAUUGACUGCAUUUGAUCAUUCAAAUCUCUUGUUUGAGUACAAGAAAAGCAGAGAUGGCAAAGUUUAUGAUUCAUUCAGGAUCUCCCGUGACUAUAGGGACAUCUUGGCCUGCACUGUGGAUAGCUGCCCAGCUACAACCCUUGCAACUUGACUAUUGGAUGAAGGACUGCCAUCUGCUAGACAUUCAAGGCUCCUAAUUAAUGCUAUAUAUGCUAUGUUGAAAUGAAGUAACUGAUAUAUUUGUUGUGAGAGGCGAUAGACUAGUAGAAAGGCAUUCCUCACAUAUAUGUCAUACAACAGAAAAAUAAUCUUUCUUUUGUGUGAAAAAAAUAAGCUAUCACUAGCUUAACUUUGCCAUCCACCAAUAAUAAAAAGAAUUUGGUACUUCAUAUA